AUGAGAACUAGGGUUUUUGGGAUAAAUGGAGGAUGUGGACGCCGGGGACGCUCUCGACGCGCUGCUCUUUCGGCUCGUCGAUGACCAUCUCCACGAUCUGAGCAAGAAGCAGUACCCGGAUUAUGGAGCGCAGCUCGUCGCCAAACAGUUAGAAGCUACGGCAUGGCUCUACUACUUCUACUUACACAAGUCAUUCCCAGAGCUCGAGUACUACGAUCCUCUGGAGUUUUGCCGCAAGACAGUGUUUUUUCGUCUUGGACUGGCUCAUUACGUGAAGCCUGGACGAGAAACGGACCUAGCAGAAGCGAGAGUCCAGGCAGCUUUCUCUGCCGCUGAAGGUGCCGCAACCGGUGAUACCAUUACCAGAGUUGCGGUUCUCCUUCUAAGCAAGGACAGGAAGAGUUGCUUGCUUGUGAAGAGCUUGAUCACUCGUGGUCUGUGGUCCUUUGUGGAAAAGGAAGUAGCGGACAAUGGUGAUCCUCUCGACUGUGCGUAUUCGGCAAUUCGGGAAAAUGUGGAGAUUGAGCCGGGUUGUGUACAACUUGAGCAACGUUUCCACCAUUUCCGUGCCAUGAGUCAGAAAGGGGACAACACUCGUCUGUAUAUCAUGGUCUGCAAGGACCAUGUCCAGCCUAAGUUGGGCGGCGGGAUCGAAGAUUUCGAAUGGAUGCCGCUGGAGAGUCUCUUCCUAAAGGCGAAGGGCGAUUUUAUAUCAUCAUAUGGAUGGGAAGUACGUGCAUCUCAAGCUGUAGACUACCUUCAUAUUUAUCCUUUGGUUGACUACCUUCAGGAUUUUCUCAGAAAUCACAAUGAGGAAGGCAAGCACAACAAUGGGACAUGUCAAAUUGAACCCACAGUUCGUGCUGCUGUCGAGGCGAACAACCUGAAUAAUGAUCUAGGUGUUGCUGUCGAGGUGAGAACACAGAACUGUACAGAAGUAAACGUCAAGAUAACGGGAGCGAACGUCAUUUCAUCCUGUAGCGGGAAAAAACGAGGACACGAAGAGGAAAAGCUCGCUGUUGCAACUCUGGUUGUACCAGAUAGUGAUGACGAUGAGAACCAUGAAUGGUCUGCGAAGAAAUCAUGCACUGACAGCCAAGUUACACAGAACUCACUGCUCCAGCUUUCAAGCAGUAGUCCGAAUCCCAGGAACGAACAACCAAUUAGCGGAUUGAAAAAAACUUCUCCUGCUAGCAAGCCAUCUAAAGGCGACGGUGGAAAGCAAGGACUCGCACAAACUGAGGCUCCCCUGGAUGAUAAGGAAGGCAUCCAAGCCAGCCAAAACGAGUCGUCUAAUGGAGGCGCCACGCUGACUUAUAAGAGCUACUCUCACGAAGAAACUUUCGAGCAGCUCCAGGCAAAACAUCUUGGCCUACUGCUGGAACUGAAAAACUUGACAGUCAACUACGAACUCCAAGUUAGCACUCUUCUUGGCAAGAUCGCCGAGUCGAGUGCUCGCCUAGCGAAGGCCACAGCGAAAAAUCUCUGAGAUUGAGUUAUACAUGUAAUCAAUGGAAAUGCGUGGUAAGGCUAAACCCGGGUUAAGCCGAAGUGUCAGGCUCGAUUCCUGUAACACUCUUUCUUCUAGCUCAAGCUAGGGUUUAUGGCGACAGGUGCGCAUUCCUGAUAAUCUGGAAGAAAUGGCUGCUUUGAUCCUCCGCAGACGGAGUGAUGAAGCGCCACCAAUGGGUCAAGCUCGGGUAGUUCCACGAUCGAAGUAGAAAUCUUCGCUAGGAUUGGAAAUUCUUUGUGAAUGCUGAUUAGGAGGAGCCGAAGAAAUGGUCGCGGCUCCUUGGCACGGCCGUGGAUUUUAAACAUCCUGGAUAUUGGGAAGCUCGAGGACUUUUUCUAGAAGCUUAUAGCUCUGGAGAAUCCUGGCGCUGGGAGUGGCCAUUGAAAACACGCAAGCGAUCUAAAGGCGAGAAAACUAGAGACAAAUGACGAGCUCCCUGACGUAGGCGUGGAAUUAAUUGGUAUGCGCUCGAUAUCUCCAUCUCGUGCUUGCUCGAGUCGUGCUCAAUUUGCUACCAACUUAGUGCUGCGCCAGUUUCACGUGGUUUUUCCACAGGAUUCGGUCCUCAAAGGAAUUGUGAUACGUAAGCCCUUUCGCAGCUACGUAUUUUAUCGAGAGAGGUGAAAGUCUGCCUUGAAUCCUUACGGCCUGAGCUCGUCAUGAGAGCUAGUGGUGGCGAUUUUCUCUUCCCGAGUGGUUUUUUAUGCGUAUAAGCACAAAGUUAUAUCAGCACAACGUAUACGCGCUGCUGGAUCUGGCGUACAGAGCAAGAGAGCUUCCAGACGUAACAUGAAUGCUCUCUGGUGUUUUUCACUCGUCUUUGACGCUGGUGAAUCGCAGUGCUACUUCGAGUCAAAUCUAGACUGCUGAGGUUGCAGUUCCGGCCUACGAUCCUCCGUCCACUUGUCCAGUCGGUGUACUGUCAAAGGGGAAAAUUUCGGUGGCGCUUGAAUGCUAAAGGUGGCCAACAAUCAAAGUAGGACCAUCAAAGCGGUGACAAGCAUUCCAUUGAUCGGGUCCGGGGUCCCGUUAGUUCUAUCGGCGCAUUCUACAUGGAAACAGACGUUGUGGUGGGGGACUCCCUUGAUCGUGAUCGCUCUUCUUACCCGGUGUUUAAACAUCCCAAUCGAGGAAAGGUUUGCUUUGCUUGAUCCACUUUGCAACGUCUCGCAAAGCUCCAUGGAAAAUCAUGGAUCGAACAAACUGGUCACGACUCAUGGCGCUUUCCCCGAAACCAAAGCAACGGCGUCUUUGCGGCGACCACCGCUGCCCUGUUCGUCCGGCGCACGGCUGCUCGCUAAACGGAGUGAUUUGCGAAAACCAGUGGCUUUAGUCCCUGCCAAAGGCUGUCUUUUUUGUUGAAACCAAAGGCGAAAACGAUGGAACGCGGUACCAAUCUACGAAGAAGAGCAAAGGUUUUCUGUAGUGUCGACCAUGACCAGGGGUGAUUAAAUUUUCUUUAAAGGUUUCUCAUGGUGGUCUUCCAGACAGCCAAACACGGAGAAGGAAUGGAUUUUUUUUUUAAUCAGUCGUCCAGGCCAAAAAAGCUUUGGUCGUAAAGAAUGAGAAAAUGGCACCGUCCUGGCGCCUUGAUGACUUUGGACAGCAGACACGCUGCACA